UGUCACAACAGUCCAUUCAUCCGUCCAUCCAUUUUCUACCGCUCAUCCCCUUCAGGGUCCCUGGGAAUCUAUCCCAUCUGAAAGCCGGACUGUUCUCCAGUCAAUCACAGGACACAUAGAGACGGACAGACGUCCACAUGGUCGCAGAGUGGGGGACCGAGCCCACGCUUGUUGUAGUGACACUGUGAAUAUAAAGCUAUUCAAUUAAUUUUAUACAUUACUACCAGCGAUAAAAACGACUUAAAAUGAAGAAAGAAGCUAAAACUCAAGCUUCUGCAUCUAGAAAGGAACAAGAUGAGAAACAACAAAGCAAAGCAGAGGUUAAAAGCAGCCUCUCUCACAGCUCCGUCCUCAUGAACGUUGGGAAGUGUUUGCUUCUAAUCAUCAUCAUCCCUCCCUUCCUUAACUAUGCAUCUCUGCAACGAGAAGGACAGAUGCUGCUUCCAAAAGAUGGUCAGAUUGUAGACGUUGGCUUGGGUCAAAGGAUGCAUCUGUUGUGUAAAGGACGGGGACAACCAGUUGUUAUCCUGGAUGCCCCAACCGGGAUGUCAUCAGACAUUUGGUUUCAUGUCCAAGAGAGUGUCGCCACAUUAACGAAGGUUUGUACGUAUGACCGAAUUGGACUGGGGUUCAGUAAACGUCUGAUGCAGAAUGAAACCACGGGAACUGAGAAGGUUUGGGGGAUAUCCACAACUGGGCGGAUGGUAGACGAUCUGCACCGUCUGUUGGUGGCCGCUGGGAUUGCCAUGCCCUUCAUCCUGGUUGGCUCCGAAAUUGGCGCACUCAAUUGCAGGUUCUACAGUCACAUCCAUAACUUGCAAGUGACAGACCUGGUGUUGAUUGAUCCCAUACCGGAGGACCUUUUUGAAGAGGAGCAGUGGAAGGUGUAUUGGCAUGGUAAGCUGCUGCCAUCCCUUCAAGCCAAGCAGUUUUCCGCAGCUUCUGGGCUGAGCCGCUUGCUGAUUAUCCUGGGCGCCAUUGAACCAACUAUCAAAGAAAAUGUCUCUGAGGAGAUCAUCCAGCGGCAGAAAUACCUGCUAAGCAACCCUGCCCACCAGAGCAGCGCCGUGGAUGAGCAUUACUUCCUCAAUGAAAGUGCAGCACAAGUAAGGGAGAUCACAAAAUAUAAGCCCCUCUCCAGCAGAACGUCAGUCAGCGUGAUCACGGGCGAUUCCUUUGACCAACAAAUCCCUGAACACCUCAACCAAAUGGUAUCCAAGCUUCAAAAGAAGUUUCUGGAGGAGUCCUACCCAUCAGCCAAUCACGUUCACAUAAAAGGAGUAGACCGUCGAAUGAUCUACAUGAAGCCAUCUGCCAUCAGCCAGUACCUGAGGAAGCUCGUCAAGCAGCGACAAGCCGGGCAGAGAGAAUGACCCGUGGCCAACAUGUAAAUAAAAUACACCCAGGUAGAAUAUUUUAUCGUUACUCUAGAAAACAGGUUUCCCAUAGAGAUCAUCUUCAAGACCGGUAAGGUUCAUUGUCUAGUUCCAAUUUUUUUUUUUUUUUAACAUUGGAAGUUUUAAUUGAGGAAAACCGGAGGGUAUUCAGCUUGAUGAAAAUAUUUGAAAAUCUUAUCUUUCUUUUUACCUGGUUGGCCAAUACCAAAAACGACUAACCACUGGAAAGGCCUCACACGUCACUACUCAACCUCAUUCUCUUAUCUCUUGCUGUUGCGUUUUAAGAUUAUAAAUGUUAUGACCGUAGGGCAAAGUACAUGAAAUUCAUCAUUUUUGAUAGAUUGACAGAAUUGCUAUACCGAAUCAUUUGUGCAGACUGAUAAUUUAAGAACGAAACCAAUAAAAUUAAUUGUUACAUGACAACUGUUACAUAAGAAACUGCAGACUAAAACCUGACACGGGAGUCAAAAUGUAAAGCUGAGGUGCAAUCAAAACAGUUCAUGAAUAAGUGCAACAAAUGAAACCAAAAUAUAUGAAUAUAUGCCAAUGAUAGCAGUCAUGAUGAUAGGACACCACGUGAGUUUUGAUUGAAUAAUUGCCAUAAUUAACAUGUUUUGGGGCUGCACGGCGGUCGAGUGGUUAGCACAGCUACGAGACCUGAGUUCAAUUCCACGAAAGGUAACGAUUAUUAUUGGAUAUCCAAAGUCCCUGGAAUUUGUCAGUAUUAUUUGCGAACCAGAAACUGUGUGUAUUUUGCAAACAUCAGUACUGACUUACAUUACGAAUAUUUUUACAUGAUGUAAUUACACUUCAUAUCAGAGACAAUAAAAUCCUGACAUUA